UGCGCGCCAAUGUGCGCCACGGUUCUCUGGCAAAGCCAGUCCUAAAAUCAUCUUAACUACUGCCAUGGCUGCUGUUGGCUGCUGCCACUGCAAAGCUUUGUCGAGUGCUAGCUGCUUGCUUAUUCUUGCCAAGUGACCAUUCGACAGCGUCACGAAACCGUAUUUUCCCGGGGUUUGAAAACUUAUCGAACUGCAACCCCAAAUCUCAACUUUUUCAUCCCUGCUGAGAUAUAUCUACUACUCCCACUUCGCAAUGGAUCAAUGAGAUAGAUCGGGAUGUGCUCUCUGUCAAGAUGGGUUCUGACAGUUCUACCAAUGCCGGCCCGGCCCUGAUCAGUGGCCUUUGGGCGGCAACUGGCAUCACUAUCUUCAUCCUCAUUCUGCGCGUCAUCGCUAAGUUUAAAAUUCGUCACUUUCACAUUGACGAUGUGCUGAUGAUUGCUGCCAUGAUCCUUACCAUUUCCUCCAUGGGGCUUCUGACCCAUUCGGUUCAUCAUGGCUUCGGCAAAGACCUUGUGACUCUGGAUUUGGUAGAUUUGGAAGCAGUGUUGAAAGACAUUGCGAUUCAAGUACCGCUCGUCACCUUCAGCACCGGCAUUGCCCGCUGUUCCUUCGUUCUCUAUCUUCUCGGUAUUCUCGGCGGCAAAAAACCAUACCAGAUCACAUUGUGGACAGCUAUGAUGCUGCAGCUAGUAUGCAACAUUAUUGCCGCCGUUCUACCACUCAGUAUCUGCCGCGAUGUUCGGGCGCUUUGGAUUCCUGGAACGAAGACAACCUGCGGCAACACCGUCGCGGUGAUCCACUUUGCUUACUUCCAGUCCUCUGUUAACACGGCGACCGAUUUGUUCCUCGCAGUUUUCCCCACCGUGAUAUUCUGGAAUCUGAAUCUGAAGCUGCGCAUCAAGAUCAGUUUGAUUCUCUUGCUCAGUUUGGGUAUUGUAGCCAUGAUUGCGUCCAUCAUUAAGACGACCAAGCUCAACCAAGUCCCUAGUGUGACCGACAUCGGGGCAUCGGGAGGAGUGGAACUGAUCCGCUGGGGUUACACCGAGAAUCUCAUCAUCAUCCUGACUUCGUCAAUCCCUUGUAUCAGACCGCUUCUCAUCUCCUCUGUGAGGAAGUUCUCCAGCAAUGCCAAGUCACGCUCUUAUGAACUCACUGGGCCUUUGACCGGCAACAAGAACAAUACCCAGAAUGGCACUUCGCCCUCACAGAACCAGGAACGCAGGGAUGAUGACGCCGAUAGUGUGGAGCAGAUCCUGCGCGACGCCUACCAGCAGAAUUCAGCAUUGGAGGCCGGUCACGGUAUCACAAAGCAAGUCGAAAUUUCGGUAGUAUCUGACGACUCGUCUUUCGGCGAUAAUAGACGGUCGCCGUAAUCUACUGGAGCGAGACCUUACACUCUUUUGGAAUCUUUUCUUUUUUUUCGUUCUUUCAUUGGGCAUGCCUUUCCUCUUCGCAUGUGUGACAUCUAGAGUACUAUAUUAUUGAUGACGACGGACUUGACUGUCAUGGUAGGCAGUCUACGACAAUAAUUAAUGAAUUGAUUUACACGUGAAA